AUGUCUGCGCGGGUCACGACUCGAUUCCUGACACUGAAACCGUCACUCGGGAGCUUCCCGCCAACCUGGACAUGUCGACAAUGCGUGCGGUGGGAUAGCACGAAUGCGAGGGCGCUGUUGCCGGGCAGUGGACGAUUAUACCAUGGAACAAGUGCAUCAUACGGGUGGAAAAGUGGCGGAGGGCAGGAGGGCGCUUCCAGGUUGAAGGUGAAGGGGUCAAGAAAGGGGUUCAUACUGGCAGCUGCCACUGGUACUCUUGGAGGAACCUUGCUCUUCUUUUACGACGACGUGAAGCAUGCCUACCGAGCAGCAGAGCGGACGGGAAGGGUUGUGGCUGGCUUGCUAAUCUGCAUCAAUGACUACCGAGUAACUUUGAAUAAAGAGACGGACACCGAAGAAGAGAGAACCGCACUCUUAAAUGCAUGUCAUCAGCGAUGCGCGGAUCGAACACUCAAAGUCCUGGAGAAGAAUGGUUCGAUAUUCAUAAAGCUGGGCCAGCAUCUGAGCAGUUUAGGCUACCUACUGCCGUUAGAAUGGACUACAACUUUUAUUCCCCUCCAGGAUAAAUGCCCCGUUUCGUCAUUCGAAUCGGUGCAGGAAAUGUUCCUCAAGGACACCGGCCACACGAUAGACGAAAUAUUCUCCAGCUUCGACCCGCAACCCAUUGGAGCUGCGUCUUUGGCGCAGGUUCAUGUGGCCGUUCUGAGAGAAACAGGCCAAAAAGUGGCAGUCAAAGUGCAGCAUCCAACCCUCCAGGAGUGGGCUCCCUUGGAUCUCAGCCUUACACGGUUCACUUUCUCCUCUCUGAAACGAGUCUUCCCAGAAUACGACCUCGAGUGGCUCGCCAGGGAGAUGGACUUUUCCUUGCCCCAGGAGCUGGAUUUCCAAAUGGAGGCAGAGAACGCCAGAGUAGCCCGUGAAUAUUUCGCAAAAAGAACCAAAGCACCGCUCGUUAUCCCAAAAGUUAUAUGGGCGAAGAAACGCCUUCUAGUGAUGGAAUUCAUAUCAGGCCAUCGACCUGACGACCUUGAAUUCCUGGACUCUAACAAUAUUGACCGGGACGAGGUAUCCGCUGCCUUGGCUCAUAUAUUUAACGAGAUGAUCUUUGGCAACGACGCACCUUUACACUGUGAUCCUCACGGCGGUAACAUCGCAAUCUGCAAAAAUAACUCUAGAAAGCGCGGACCAAAUUUCGAUAUCGUGCUAUAUGACCACGGCUUAUACCGUACCAUCCCCAAGGAAAUGCGCAUCAACUAUGCCAAACUCUGGCUUGCUGUGAUCAAUGCAGAUGAAAAGGAGAUGCGCAAGUACGCAUAUGAGGUUGCUGGCGUGACGGAUAAAGAGUUCCCUCUGUUCGCAAGCGCUAUUACUGGGAGAGAUUAUACCGUCCUUACCAGGAAUGAAGUUGCCUCUUCCCGAUCCUCGGAGGAAAAAGAAUCCAUCACUACCGCCCUGGGAGAUGGAAUGUUGCAAGAACUAGUCAGUCUGCUAGGCAAGGUUCCUAGAGUCAUGCUCUUGAUCCUAAAAACAAAUGAUCUGACUCGCAACCUUGAUGAAAAUCUACACACACGCCAUGGCCCCGUCCGCACGUUUCUCAUCCUAGCCAAAUAUGCUACUUGCGCUGUCUUCUCGGAAGAAAUGGAACUCAUCUCGCAGCAGGGAAGCAUCUUCUGGCCACCGAACUUUCUUCGCUUCCUGCAGGCCUGGGUCAGCUACCUUCGCGUUGAGAUAAAGCUGGAGCUUUACGAGCGUUGGCUAUCGCUGAGGAAUCGACUUGGUCUAACAAACCAUUGA